UUUACUAGUGGUGGUAGUAGUAGUAACAGUAUGAUGCUAACCGGAAGCUCACGGCUUAUACAGGAGCAACUUCCCCCAAAACUCUUGCCAGUUCGCGCGGCUUCAGGCUUUCUUUGGCGCCAAAUCCGCCGCCCAAUCCCAGUUUUCCCAAGGGUAGUUUCUUGGUUUAGUCAACUACUAUGGGGUCCUGUGUGGGAAAGGAACGCAGUGAUGAAGAAGACAAGAUUGACUUCAAAGGUGGCAAUGUGCAUGUGAUUAGUAACAAAGAGAAUUGGGACCACAAAAUUGCAGAGGCAAACAAGGAUGGGAAAAUUGUGAUUGCAAAUUUCAGUGCUGCAUGGUGUGGACCAUGCCGUGUCAUUGCACCUGUAUAUGCUGAGAUGUCACAGACAUACCCCCAGUUCAUGUUCUUGACUAUAGAUGUCGACGAGUUAAUGGACUUCAGCUCAUCAUGGGACAUCCGAGCGACACCGACGUUCUUCUUCCUAAAGAACGGGGAGCAGGUGGACAAGCUCGUCGGCGCCAACAAGCCGGAGCUGGAGAAGAAAGUGGCCGCGCUUGCUGACAGCGCCUGAGGCAAAUUAAGCCAGUGACAAUCAGACAUUAUUGUCAGGAACCCCAAAGUUCAGUUCAGAGUUCAGACGUUGCCAGCAAAUAUCAAUUAUCAUCAGAGGCUGUAUGUUCUGCUGAGGUGUUUCUUCAGACUUGGUUCUGUAUAUCCGUCAUGAGACUGUACAGUCCCCGGGUAUAAAGUAUCUUUUUUUCUCCUGUUAAAAUCACACUUUUGACAUGCCAUUUUGGCACUAUUAUUGCCUGAUUUUACCCUGGUGAUUAGUGAUCCGAUGUAUGUUGAGUGUGAACUGAUACAGAACAAUAGGGAAAUAUUUUUACUGUAAUAUUGACAAAUGCCAGGAAUGGCUACCAAUCUGCCAUGAAUCCAUGAUUUAUGGAGUUCAUGAUUCUAGUA